GCCAUGAAGGGACCCCUCGUCCUGCUGAUCGCUGCCGUGUUGCUCGUGGCAUACUGCAUGCCUCUCGCUGCUGCAGACGAGGAAUACGAAGGCUCAGGAGAUGUAGAUGUAGGUGAACUAAGCGAUACCAGAGAUGAAGAUGGCGCUGGGAACGAGGGCUCGGGCGACACAGAGGGAAGCGGUGCCGAGGAGGCUGGUAGUGGAGAGGGCUGGCUGGAGGCGAAAGGUUCUCAAGCCUGGUCACAUCAAAGACUUGAAGACAGCCAGCCAAUACAUUGGUGUCAAGGCCUGUGCCAGAACCACACCUCACUCGAGGUCAAGCUCGAUCCACAGUUCCACGCACAUCUAUUAGUUACAGCUGCUGAGAAAAUGAUACACGUUGAAGGCGAACUCUGAAACUGCUAAUUACUCAUGUAUGCACCAUACACAUGUUAUAAAUAAUGCACCAUUAUACUUUACAGCAAAAUACUUGUGUGAAGGGGAAUUCUGAAGCUGCUAACUACUCUUGUAUCCACCACAUACAUGUUAUAAAUAAAGCAACAUUAUACUUUACAACAAAAAGACGAUUUCUGAAGCUAUUAACUGCUCCUGUAUGCACUACACAUAUUAUAAAUAAAGCACUGUUAUACUUUACAACAAAAUAA